AUGUCUUGCGGCAUCCUCAGAACGUCCGGCAAGGACAUUAUCGACGGAAAUGGCAACACCGUGUUGCUGCGAGGAACAACGCUAGGUGGUUGGAUGCUCAUGGAGAACUUUUUAAACGGCUUCCCUGGCCGGGAGAAUCAGAUCCGCGCUGCUCUCCUCAAGGUUCUCGGUAAAGAGAAGUACGACUUCUUCUUCGACAAGUUCCUCGAAUACUUCUUCACCGAGAAGGACGCCGAAUUCCUCUCUUCGCUUGGCUUCAACUGCCUUCGCUUGUCCUUCAACUACCGUCAUUUCGAGGAUGAUAUGAACCCCAUGGUGAUUAAAGAGGAAGGUUUCAAGCACUUGGACAGGGCCAUUGAGCUUUGCGCUAAGUACGGCAUCUACACAAUCCUGGACCUCCACUCGGCCCCAGGAGGCCAGAAUCAAGACUGGCAUUGCGAUAACCCGACAGGCUACGCAGCCUUCUGGGACCACAAGCACUUCCAGGACCGGGUCAUUAAUUUGUGGAAGGUUAUCGCUGCGCGCUACAAGAGCAACCCCUGGGUUGCCGGCUUCAACCCUCUUAAUGAGCCUGCCGACGAGCAGUGGACGCGUUUGCUAUCAUUCUACGACCGCAUCGUGCCUGCCAUCCGCGAGAUCGAUCCCGAACAUAUCCUCUUCCUCGAAGGUAAUACAUUCAGUAUGGACUUUUCUGGCUUUACCGGUGUGUUCCCGAACUCGGUUUACGCCAUUCACGACUACUGCGGGUUUGGCUUCCCGAACCGUAUUGGACGCUACCAGGAAAAGCCCGAGCAGGAUGCGUACAUUCGACAGAUGUAUGAUCGCAAGGCGGCUUUCAUGAAGGAGCACAAUCUCGCAGCAUGGUCUAUCUGGUGCUACAAAGACAUCAACGUCAUGGGCCUGGCCUACCUCUCCCCCGAGUCGCCUUGGCUCAAGCUCCUCGCCCCCAUAAUCAAGAAGAAGCGCGACCUGGCCGUGGACAGCUGGGCCUAUGACGACGCCCACCUUCAGGACGGCCUCUUUGGGCCGCUGCACAAGUGGUUCGAGGACAACGUGCCGGCGCAACACAGCAAGAAGUACCCUUGGCAGUGGCGCAUGCACAUGCACGUGUUCCGUGGCAUUCGCGGCAUUACCAUGGCAGAGUACAUGGUCCAGGAGUGGGCCGACUACUUCAAGGACAAGACGUUUGAGGAGCUCGAUGCUCUGGCGGCGAGCUGGAAAAUCGAGAACUGCCUGCAGAGGGAGAGGCUCAACGAAUUGCUCAAGCUGUACGCUCCCAUGACGUCGGCGGACAAGAGGCUCGAGGGCAAAGUGAUUCAGCCGUCGGUGGAGGAGAGGACCAAGGCGAAGGAGACAAUAUCUGGGGUGGGCGUGUUUGAGCUGGCGCCGGAUGAGAAAAGAAAGAGGAUUGAGAAGGUAGAGGUGACGCCCGUGCCAGUGGCGGCGUGA